AUGAGUACUGUCGUCAAACUAGAGGCUCUCCUCACUACAAUUGCCACUGAGCAUAAUACAGCAGUACUAGCGCAGGCAUCUACGGAGUUGAGUACACAUUGGCUUAAGCAACCUGACACCAUUCCCCGUCUGCUUCAGAUUGUUGCAAACUCAUCAUUUAUUGGAGCUCGACAAUUAGCGGCUGUUGAAGCGCGCAAACUUGUUGAAAAAAGCGAUGGCAAAGCCUGGCUCGCUCUGUCUGAGCAAGUGCGUCAAGAGAUCAAGACUGGCAUUUUGAGUGUUGCUGUUAAUCAAGAAAGCAUACUUGUCCGAAAUGCUCUAGCUCGUGUUAUUUCUGAAAUUGCCAAGAUCGAAAUCUCCAAUCAUCGUUGGAUUGAGCUUAUUACCAUUUUAAACUCCCUCUGUGCUAGCCCAGUCGUUGGUCAGCGAGAAGUUGGUGUAUAUGUUCUUUAUACUUUGUUUGAAGUUAUCACCGAUCAACUCUCAGACUAUAUUCCUGAGCUACUUGCUUUAUUUUGUAAAUCUGUCAAUGAUCCCGAGAGCAUCACUGUCGCUGUGACUACUGUGCAAGCAUUGGGAAAAGUGGCCGAAUUCAUUGAAGAUCCCAAUGAACCUAGCUUUAAAACCUUUUGUGACCUUAUUCCCAGUAUAGUGCAAGUGAUGCAGCGUACAUUGGUAGCUGGAGAUGAUGCCAACACUUUGAAAGUCUUUGAAGUGUUUGAAGGACUAUUGCUUUUGGAGGUUCCACUAGUUACCAAGUAUUUUGGUGAACUCGUCAAUUUCUACCUGGUAAUCGCCAGUACCCCUGACAAUUCCGAUGAAAUUCGAAUCAUGGCCAUGUCCUUCCUAAUGCUUACUGCAUCCUACGCAAAAACAAGACUGACUAAACUUCGUCUAGUUCCCACUAUUAUUGAUGCUAUUUUUCCCAUUGCUGCUGAAGAGGAAUCCAAGGAUCGCGAAGAUCGGUAUCCUGCCAAAUCGGCAAUUCAAGUGAUCAAUUCACUUGCUCUUGCCUUUCCUCCACAUCAUGUUUAUCCUGCUGUGAUGCGACAUGUGGCCACAUUUAUUCAAGAUUCUCAGCGAUCCGGUUUUCGUCGUGCUGCGAUGCUUGCUAUUGCCGUUCUUGUAGAAGGAUGUGCUGACCAUAUGCGUGAGAAAAUUGAUCAAAUUCUUCCUUCCGUCAUUUAUGCUCUGCAAGACCAUACUCCAUGUGUUCGUCGAGCAGCAUGUACUGCUCUUGGUGCUUUGUCAGUAGAUCUAGAUGAUGAGAUUGCCGAGCAGCAUUCGGUGUUACUUCCUCUAUUACUUACGCUUGUGGAUGAUCCUGAUGUUGAAGUACAGCCUGUCGUUUUGGGAACUCUUGUAUUGCUGGUUGAGGCUCUAGACGAUGCGAUUCUUCCAUACUUGGAACUGCUUAUUACAAAACUAAUUGGUUUGAUAUCUUCUUCAAAUCGCAAAUCUGUACUUGCUUCUGUAAACUGUAUUGGUUCAGUUGCUCGUUCCUCUGGCUCGUCGUUUUUGCCCUAUUUCAAAGUGACAAUGGCACAACUUUGCUCGUUCAUGAUGAUCACAGAGCCAUCAAACCUAGAUAUGCGUGCAAUAGCAACUGAUGCCAUGGGUGCCGUUGCUGAGGCAGUGGGUAAAGAAGCAUUUGCACCACACAUGUCUGAAAUGAUGAAUUUAGUUAUCAGUGGCAUUAGUAUCGACAGCUAUCAACUUCGUGAGUGCAGCUAUCUGUUUUUUGGAGUUUUGGCACGCACGUUUGGUGAAGAUUUUUCACCUUAUCUUCAACUUGUCGUUCCUUCCAUCAUGCACUCGUGCAAUCAGCAAGAUACAGAUUGGAAUGAUAUGCUAAAAUCAUCCAACUCUUUUGAUCCUGCUCAUAAUCCUAAUGGUGAAGAGGACAUUGAUAUUUCUGAAGAAAGUGACAAUGAGGAAAGCGCCAUUGAAAAGUAUUCAUUCAACUCUGCAAUUUCUUUGGAAAAAGCAUCCUCCUUUCAAGCUUUGAGUCUACUGUUUACUGCUACCCGGGCAGCCUUUUUACCCUUUGUUUCUGACAGUGCCAAUGCCGCUCUAUCCUCAUUAGACAAUUUCAAUGAUGAUGUUCGAAUCUCGGCUGCUCAGUGUCUUUUACAGUUUUUUGUUGCCAUGCAGUCUAUUGCAGAUUCGUCCGAAUGGCAGGCUGGUCUCCCCUGCCAGACCCCUGUUCAUGAAAAUGUUGCUUCGAUUGGAAAGAUUGCUAUGGAGGGUGUGUUGAAGAUGCUCGAUGAAGAGGAAGCUAGAAUGGUGGUUGCUCAAACUUUACAAGAGAUUGUUGAAACGAUCAAGCUUAUUGGACCUGUUAGUGUUGGCUUUGAUUAUUCGUCGACACCCGACUCUUUACAAUACGUGAAUGCGCUUGCAAAUAUGCUGUUGCAGCUUUUCCGUGGAGAACACAGUUGUCAGAUUAACGAAGAUUUUGAUGAGAGUGCUGGACAUGAUGACGAUGAACUUGCGGAACUUGAUGCUCUAGUUAUUAGUACUGCUGCAGAUGCUCUUGGAGGCUUGGCUGCUGCUCUUGGACCUGAAUAUGGUAGCUAUUUUUCACCAUUUUUCCCACUUAUUGCAAAGCAUUAUCAAAAGUCCAAACCGGUUUCGGAUCGAAGUAUGGCAAUUGGAACCCUUGCCGAAAUUGUAGAUGGUCUUGAGCAUGGUGUUUCGCCAUUUACGCAAGAUCUUCUACCGCUGUUUAUCAAAUCUCUACGCGAUGAAGAUGACGAAGUACGUAGCAAUGGUGCAUUUGGAAUCGGGCUUCUAAUUUACUAUUCAACCACAGAUUUAAGCAGUUACUAUCCACAAUUGCUUCAGCUUCUCUAUCCCUUUUUUACGAUUGACUCAAAAUCCAACAUGUCAGACAAUGCAUGCGGGGCAGUAGCUCGUAUGAUUCUACGCUGCUCGCAAGCUGUUCCUUUGGAUCAAGUCAUUCCCGUAUUUUUUGGAGCUCUUCCGCUUAAACGGGAUUUUGAAGAAAACCCAAUCGUAUUCAAGUGCAUAUUUUUCCUUUUGGAGGCCAAAGCUCCUUCAGUUUUGUCCGAGUUGGAACAUAUUAGACAACUUUGUAAACAUGUAUUGGCUGCAACUGCUCCAUCACAAGUUGACUCUCCAACUCGUAUGCGAAUUUUGGAGGUCAUGUCAAGCAUCCAGUGAUGCAAGAGCAGACCCUACUAUUUGUCUCGAGU